CGUACGGUCCAAUCAGCAGAAACUUUCCUAACAGAGUAUUGUAAGAUGGCGACCGCUGAACCGGAAACCAAUCCGAGCCCGACCCUUCCCGAUGAAGAUGGAGCCGAGGAGAGCGGACAGGAGAUUGUGAGCCCGGAGGCCUACAUCAAACAUCCUCUUCAGAACAGGUGGUCUCUUUGGUUCUUCAAGAACGACAAGAGUAAAACAUGGCAGGCCAAUCUGAGACUAAUCUCUAAAUUUGACACGGUGGAAGAUUUUUGGGCACUCUACAACCACAUCCAGCUGUCCAGUAACCUGCUGUCCGGCUGUGAUUAUUCCCUCUUUAAGGAUGGGAUUGAGCCCAUGUGGGAGGACGAGAGGAACAAGCGAGGCGGGCGCUGGCUCAUCACCCUCACCAAGCAGCAGAGGAGACAGGACCUGGACCGCUUCUGGCUGGAGACCCUGCUGUGUUUAGUCGGAGAGGCUUUCGACGACUACAGCGACGACGUCUGCGGAGCCGUGGUCAACGUUCGCAACAAAGGAGAUAAAAUAGCCGUCUGGACUUCAGACUUCGAGAACCGGGAGGCGGUGACGCACAUAGGGAGGGUUUACAAGGAGCGCCUGGGACUUCCUCUGAAGAUGACCAUCGGUUACCAGUCCCACACAGACACGGCCACCAAGAGCGGCUCCACCACCAAGAACAAGUUUGUGGUUUGAGGACACCCCCUCCCCCGACGGGCCUCCUUUCAUCGUCCUGUCUUACCCGUUUGUUUACUGCGCUACAAAGACUCUGCGAAAUGCAAUCAGGAGAAAAAUACAUAAAACUUCACGUCAAAUUGACCCUGAAUCAGCCACGGAUGCAUCGGUGACACUAACAAAGAGCCCUUUCUUUUUAGUGCCUUUCCUUCUCUGCUAAAUCCUUUUCUUGAUUUAAUUGUGGGGUUUUGUUUAUUCUGGGGAUUUUUUUUUUAAUUGCAGGGAAUCCUGAAAUGCAGAAAUUGUAUAUUUCUCACCCGUGUUUUGUACAGCAUCACUGUUUUGCUGUAAAGGCCUGAAAUACUUUUAAUUUAUUAUAUUAAUCUGCCUGCAUAUUAUUAGUUAUUCUUUUGUUUUAUGCUUUUUUGCCUCAAAUUGUUGCAGCCUUUUUAAAGUAUUAUAUAACUCAUAUUCACUUGAGUGUUAAUAUAAUUAAAACACUGGUUUUGCAAUUAAUAAA